GACCGCAGGAAGGAGGCACAGCGGGCGAUGUCACAGCGCCACAGCCAACAGGCACAGCCCCAGAGGCACAGCGCCACAGCCCAGAGGCCACAGGCACAGCGCGACAUCCAUCAAGGACAGCGCAACAGCCUACAGGCACAGCGCAACACUGCACAGCGCAACCCUGUACAGCGCAACCCUGUACAGCGCAACCCUGCACAGCCCCACACUGCAAGACGACCUUCGACUCCAACGUCUCGGCCUCAGCCUCCAAGCCCUGGGCGUGGGCGUGGGCGUGGCUACUAGUAUCCACAUCAAGUGAAAAGUCUUAGUGAAUCAUGUUGUGGUGUAUCAUCAUGCGUGUAAUGCUCUAGAAUUUUAUUGAAUUAGUACGUUGCGUACCGCUAGUAUUGCUAUUGAUUUGAAAUAUUAGUCUUCAUUCACUGCUAGAGUAGGAUACCUACCAAGAAUAGAGACGCCACGAUUUGUUUGUUGCUGAUGUUUUCUGAAAAAUACAAGAGAGGCUCGAUCCAAGAUAAUUAACACUGUGACGUAAACCGAUGGGGAUAGUAAGGACUAAGAUUUCAAGACAGUCUGAUAUAACAUAGCUACAGCGAUACAUAGAGCGAUGAAAGCGAAUCAUGUAUUUUUAAAUAUGUAUGAGAAUAUCUAUAUUUAUAACUAGUAGCCGUAUGUUGUAUAGAAACAAGAAGGAAAUAAACGUUCAGCUGCUCCUCCUUGUGCUGUGAGUGUCGAAAACGAAAGGGAAAUUUAGGACGAUAACAACUGGCUUAUUACGAUUUUAUUAUAUUUGUAGAGUCUUAGAUUGCGAUUGGGAAGCAUUUUCUUUGAAUAGAAUAUUGAACGCAAUUUACAAUUACUAUCUACAUACUGGUGGAUUUCUUUGUACUGCUACUGAAUAAAAAAUGUUGGAUAUCAAUAAGAGAUACUUAAAAUCGAUGAAUGAAUGAAUAAAUAAAAUCAAAAAGUGACAAAAAUCAUCAUUAUGAAAUCAUUGAAAGUGGAAUGGAGGACCACAGACAGGAAGAUGAAGAGGAGGACGACACGUUUUUUAACAUCUCAUCGGUCGGCUCUCGUGUCCACUCUACCUAUCACUUCUCGGUCCCUCGAUCUUUUGUCUAAGUGCGCACUGAGACUCUCGGCGUCGUUCGGUUUUCGUAAAAGUGUCGCUUGAUUUUUCUCAAACGCAAACAGUUUUGACACAUAAAAAAUACCUUUGUCUUGGGCAAGAAUGAUAAUGAUCUUUUACUCUUGAUGGUAUUCUACAGUGUACCUACAUACAUUAGUGUCUAACUACACCUCUCAUGAAAAGAUCGUGUCAUCCAUGCAAGAGUAACACGUCUCAGUACGAAAAGCGGGCUGUGAUAUUUCGAAAAGAAGGAACAAGCAUAGGCCAUAGACCAACAAGCCGCCAAACAUCAAGAAAAAUGGCUGUCAUUCCCAAGGGCAAGCGAUUGAAAAAGGGAGGCGGACGACGCCGAAAGAGAAAAACGGCGGCUGCUAUGGCAGUGGUACUCUCCAUGCGGCAACAACUACACGUCGAAGGAUAUCAGACUAGAAGUGGAGGUACCCGUACAAUCUAAGUAUAAAUUUCAUAGUAUAUAAUAAAUAUAGAGAAAAAGAAGACGAUGUUGCAUUAUCUCCAUCAAUAAUCGAUCCACUACCACUUUUCCUGAAGAAUGGGUAAACCUAAACUCGCACUGCAAAUACUAAAUCACCUACUUCUUAGUAAUAGCCGAGCAGUUUAUAGCACGCAUGGAGUAGCAUGGAGUAGCAUGGAGUGCAUGGAGCGCAGACCUCUAAGGGACACAAGAAGCGCCCCCUUUAGCUCCAUGCAGCUCCAUGCGAUCCAUGCCCUCCAUGCAGCUCCAUGCGAUCCAUGCCCUCCAUGUUGCCAUGCGAGCUGGCAAACCUUACAAAUUACGCGGUAAUAGUACUCCAUUACAUCGCCUAGCUCUAGUAAUAGUAUCCCUAUCACAUAUAGUAAAUUCCUAUACAUAAAUACUUAGUCUGCUCCUCUACCGAAUAAUUCUUAAACUUCCACCUCCCGUCCUCUUUUACUUUUCUCAGGUGCAUCAACUACUUCUAAGACAAAGGGGAUGAAUCUGUUGAAGAGGGGUCAGCGACUACGAGAAGCCACUGCACACAAUACGCCUGUCCACACACCAGUCUUUACGCCAGCGACUCGGAGUUCUGCAGACCAGGCUUUCCUCGAAAAAUGUGACAGCAGCUCCUGUGGAGACGGGGAUGAGACUCCAACGAACCCGAAUUUAAGUCGCAAAAUUUUUUUGAAUUGGAAUACAUGUCCAUCGUGAUCUAUCCGUUCCGUUCCGUUCCUCGCUGCGUUCCGUUCCUCCCGCCCUCGCUCACACUCGACAACUUUCCUCGCUCUCAGCUCACACUCACAAUAUUGUUGACCGAAGUAAGUAUUACCUUGAAACUUUCGGUCGGAUUUUGGUGAGGUUACAAACGACAGGAGGAGAGCAUUGGAUUGUGGCUCCAUGGAUAAUCAAUCUUGCUGACGCUUCGCUUCGCCUUGGAUUUUAGUCGCAAAAUGAUGAAUUGGAACACAUGUUGACCUUUCCAACGAUCAUCAUCUAUAUAUAUCUGGUUCUACUUCUAGCUAGGGCUAGGCCUUAUAAAUUUAUUAGCUUACUAAGGUAGUGAGGUUCUCGAUGACUUUCAGAUUAUGAUGUAUUAAAUGGUGGAGGACUACUAUGAGCAGGUCUAAAAUCAAAGGCGCAGCGGAAGCUCUCGAGUGCGCAACCGGAUCGUGGACAACAUAAAGGCUUGUACGACAGCUUGUCGAGAUCUUAAGAAACUAAUCCAUCGAGCAACUACUUGCAAAUGCAAUAACCGAAUAUCUGAGAUUGUUUUUUAUCUAGAUUAUACUCGCUUAUUUCACUUUUUCGAAACAGCUUGUUCUUGCCGCUGCAAUAUUUACAUGUAAAUGUAUUAAUAAUUACUAUGCAAUCAUUACCACUUUGAGUUUGACAUGUAGUCAUUAAUUUCUAAUGUCAUUAGAAAUCAAUUACCGGUUACAUCACAUGUAAUGUGAUCAAAAUUGACGAGAGAGAGAGAGAACGAGGCAUCUUUGAUCCACUUCCAUCUUCCAUUUAAAAGUCUAAUUUUCAGAAGUUUCGCAAGUGGAACUGCAACAGAGUGCGCCUGCCCCCAAGGAGGAAGAGAAGCAGGACGGGGAGGAGGGCACAGCGGAAGCAGGCGGUGGAGACUGAACGCCAGCGGCUGGCGCAGGAGGAGGCACAAAGGCAGGUGAUGAAGUAGAAUCAACGUGAGCGCCUGGCGCAGAUGCAGGCGCAGGAUAAUGAGAAGCAGGAGCAUGCGGAUGCGAAACAGCAGGAAGCCGCGAAAAAGGAGGAGGAACGCGAAAAACGUCGGCUGAAGGAGGCACAGCGGAAGCAGGCGCUGGAGGAUGCCUGGCAAUAGGACUCAAGCGCUUCCGAGCGAUCCACAGCCCGUCAGACCGGACCUCCCGGACGCGCAGCUAGUGUACCUCCAGCUAGUGGGAGACCCGUAACUGGUGCAACCGCAGCUCUUGGGAGACCCUCAGGUCGUGGGGGACCCGCGCAGCAGCCGCCGCCCACCCGCGAUCAACUAGACCGUAUUAGGAAACGGCAGGAAGCUGACGCGAAAAAACACGCAGCCCGCCUCCGGAACGCGGCAAGGGCGGGAGCGAAAUCAAAAGCAAAUGGGGGGGAUGUUUUCGGGAGCACGAGCUGCCGCAGGGACUUGGACCACGAUGAUUCUGGUAUACUAUGUAUAAUUCAUCAACGUCUCCAACUACAGAAGGAAGUUAAUGAAUGAAUGGCUGAACACUGCUUUUUUCCGACGCACAACAAGCUAGCAAGAAGAUGAGUGACUAUUGCCACAGAAAAAAGGAGUCGGGGAUCUACACGGGAGAUGGAUGUAAGAGACUGACUCACAUUCUUGGUGUUGAUGUCUUUUGCACAGGAACUGCGACUCGAUGUAGCAGCUUAUCGUGUUGUUAUAGCAGCUUAGGAAAACGACAACCGACAGCCUACUGCCACGCACUUGAGAUGAUCAUUUAUUCUACUGCGUCUUGCUCUUCUUCCACUAAGACUAACGCGAGUGCACUACUUAUGCAUAUAGAUAUCUCAUUGAAAUAAAAAGUGUAACUCUCCGGAAGCGCGCAUUAGCUUGUGCUGGUCGCGCAGUUUUGGAGUUCCAGGUCCAGGAGAAGAAGUUGUAACUUGUUCGUAC